AUGCUCCACUGUGCCGUAGUCAAAUUCAUCAAAGCUUCCCUCGAUAUCAAUGACCUCAAAAAGGCAAUCAUCCAAAUCUUCGAGAACAAUGUACAGAAGACAUGUAUCGCUCGCAACAAAGAGAACACUCUUCUCAUUGGACACUGUUACACAAUCAGCCAGGAGUUAAACAGGUUUAUUAAGUCAUCAUCAUGGCAUAUGUUCGCUGAAUCACAUUUAUACAAGUGGGAAGAGAAGAUAUCACCUGUACAAAGCAAAAAGAUGAUGCCUGUUUAUCCUAAUGAAGAAGAAAAUUUCAACCGAAAUAUUAAUUCGAAAAUUGACUCCCCUAAGUCUAAAUUCGACCUGUAUUCAGAUGAUAAUGUGAAUGACUAUGACAAUUCUGAUGAUGAUUUGAUGUUCGCAGACAAUACGAAUUAUUCGUCUGAUUCCGAUUACUAA